AUGCAAAUGGUGGAAGAGACUGUUGUGCCCCAUCCGACAAAGACAGAGGUUCCUCAUACUUAUGAGGAAGAGGUAGCAACUACUAUAGAGGUCACUCCAGAGAUAGUUAUUGAGGUGCCUACUCCGUAUACGGCUACUGAGGCGCCUACUCUGCAUACAGCUAUUGAGGCGCCAUGUACUUAUUAUUUGGAGAUUACUCUUCCUGUUGGGACAUAUGUCACUGCUCCUUAUGAGACAAAUUCGUUUUUGAUAGACGCAUCUGUACACACAGAUGGAGGGUUUCCCGGUGGGAUCAGUGACUAUUCUAUUCUCACUGGAUAUGCAGAUCAUGUGGCAUUCAGAUUAUGGCAAGAAGAGGUACGCACUUAUGGGUUAAAGAUGAAGAAGUUAUUUGAGAUGUAG